GCUUUGGAAAUGUGUCCCCACGCACACAAGGUGGAAAGAUAUUCUGUAUCAUCUAUGCCUUAUUGGGAAUUCCUCUGUUUGGUUUUCUGUUGGCUGGUGUUGGAGAUCAACUAGGGACAAUCUUUGGAAAAGGAAUUGCCAAAGUAGAAGAUACCUUUGUUAAAUGGAAUGUGAGUCAGACAAAGAUACGCAUAAUUUCAACAAUAAUAUUCAUACUGUUUGGCUGCGUGCUGUUUGUUGCUCUUCCUGCAGUUAUAUUCAAGCACAUAGAAGGCUGGAACACCCUAGAUGCAAUUUACUUUGUGGUUAUCACUUUAACUACCAUUGGAUUUGGUGAUUAUGUUGCAGGGGGUUCAGAUAUUGAAUACCUAGAUUUUUAUAAGCCAGUGGUGUGGUUCUGGAUCCUUGUUGGGCUUGCUUACUUUGCAGCCGUCCUCAGCAUGAUUGGAGACUGGCUAAGAGUCAUAUCAAAAAAGACAAAGGAAGAGGUAGGGGAGUUCAGAGCCCAUGCUGCAGAGUGGACAGCCAAUGUCACCGCUGAGUUCAAAGAAACGCGAAGGCGCCUGAGCGUAGAGAUCUAUGACAAGUUCCAGAGGGCUACCUCUAUCAAAAGGAAGCUCUCUGCAGAACUUGCCGUCAACCACAAUCAAGACCUGACUCCUUGCAAGAGAACACUCUCAGUCAACCACCUCACCAGUGAGAAGGACAUCUUACCAGCUCUGACAAAGACAGACAGCAUUUACAUGAAUGGUUUGACACCACACUGUGCAGCAGAAGAGAUAGCCGUUAUUGAAAACAUUAAGUAG